AUGAAUCUUGUUUCUAGAUGGAAAUAUGUGCCGGAACGAAUCGAGCACGACCACUUUAUGAAUUUGCCUGAAGGAUGGACGCGCAUCACUCAUAACAGUGGCAUGCCUGUUUACCUACAUCGGAAGUCUCGCGUCGUAUCACUCUCUAAGCCCUACUUUAUUGGCACUCAAGGAGUACGAGAUCAUCCGAUACCCGUAACGGGAAUUCCUUGUCUUCAUCAGCGAAGAAUUAUGGAAAGAGAUGCAGCGCUUGCCGCUGAAGCUGAACGUCAGAAGAAGGAUGAGAAUGAGGCUCCAGAAGCCACCCUCGAGAACGAGAUCAAGCAGAAGCUGAUAGCUCCAGCUGUAAAAAUCGAGGUCUGUGGUAAAGCACGAAUGCUUAGGGAACGUAAGCUUAGAGGUUCAAUCAUAUGUGCAUGUCACUUUCUAUCUUUCUGAUU